GGUGCUGUUGCCCCGCCAGUCAGUGAAUAACCGGGUGGUAGGCAUGCAGAACCGUCAAAUCGCACUGGAUCCAACCAAGGUUUCUCAUGUCAUUAUGGACAAGCGCUGAGCUAUGACGGGGAGUAUGACAAAAACGGAACCUGUGUCUGCCUACUAACUGCACAAAUCAGUGGAAUAAAAAAAAAUCUGUUGAAGAGAAAGAGUUGAGCCAACCGGUCUGACAAUCAGCGUGUGGGAAUGGCAGCUCCCCGGCCGAUUAAAGGCAUCCUGAAAAACAAGAGCAGCGGGGCAAACGUCAAAACGUUGCCCGAAGACGUUCAGGGAGAGGUUCCUGAACAAGUCCCGGGGCUCUCCGAAGAUGACCAACAGAAGAAAUCCCAGAAAUGGGAUGAGAUGAACAUCCUGGCCACGUACCAUCCUGCUGACAAAGACUAUGGACUGAUGAAGAUAGAUGAACCCAGCACACCUUACAAUAGGAUGUUGGGUGAUGAUGAAGAUGAGGGGGCACUGAGUGACUCAGAUGGCCAUGGUGGACUUGCAGCUGAUGACUUGGCAUCCAAGCUGGUGGCAGCUGAGGGUGCAGAGCCUCGCUUCCUCAUGAAAGAAGAAGAAGAAGAAGAGGAGGAAGAAGAGAGCAGCGAGGAAGAGGAGCUAACUCCUGAAGAACAAGCCAAGAAGAACCAUUUCAAAAUGAUGAGGAAGAUGCACUACAACGAGGGUCUGAACAUCAAACUGGCCCGUCAGCUCAUUGCCAGCGAGCUGGAGGAAGACGAAGAUGCAGACGAGGAGAUGAGAGAUGACACAGAGGAGACGGAAGAGAUCAGUGUUGACCCGCCACAGGAAGCGGACUCUCUCGACUCGUAGAUUGCGUCCCUCUCCAAACCUUUGUUGCUGCGUGUUGGCUCAACAUCCAGACUGACAUUGCCACUGCCCUCUGUGUUGUUAACGCUGGGCCACACAGCAGAGACCGCUUCAGUACCCACAUAACAACCCUCAACAGCCAGUAACCUCCCAGUCACCUAUUUGUCUGUCUCUAUAUUUCCUUAGAACUGUGCAAUAUAACCUCAGACACACUGGUUUAAAUUCUAAGAGUCAGUGCAACACACAGUGAAGACUGUUCCUCCCUCCUUUCUCUCCUGUUGCCAAGAAUCUUCCCUCCCGCCUCCUCUGGACCAGAGGAUCUGUGAUUCCGACCCUGAAAGGAGGAUCAAGGCCUUUUAUAAAAAAAAAAAAAAAAGAAAAAAAUAAAUAAAAACGUCUGGAUAGCAAGGACUCACAGCUGUUUGCUUUUGAGUAUCCACAGGCCACAGAGUCAUUGCGUCAGCCCUUGAGGAAGCUAGGGGAAACCCCGCAGCCUCACUAAAGGCAUAUCUUAGACAUGACGACUGCAUUUAAACUGGGUGCACUGCAGAAGGCUUUUAUUUUCUGUUUUUGCUUUGUGAGCUAUCACUCUGCUGCAUUGUCCUCCCUCUUUCAGUACUUGUUGUGACAAAAGAUGGACACCAUGAUGACCAUUGAAGCUCUUAUUUUAGGUUGUUAGAUAUUAUGGUGUAUUAAAUAAGGAGCUAUUUAUUAGUACAGUAGCAUAAGACAACAUCAGCUUCUUAACUAAAUGUAAUGGUUUAAAGCAGAUUAAAUUGGACCUCAUUCAACUAACAAUACAAACAAUUGACAAAGGUAGGCUGUGGACUGUCUUUGAUGUUUGCAGUAAUAAAAUGGGCUAUAAUAAUAACACGAAUUGUAAUUAUAAAACUACACUCGACUGAUUUACCCAAGGGGCAUCUGAUUUAGAUUCUCCCUUAACAAGCAAGAGCUCCACACAAAAUCUUGUUGAAUAUUCUGGCAAUUGAGAAGAAAAGCUGAGAGCCUUUUUACAUGUUUUAUGCUCUAAAAUGCAGCUUCAAGGUACAUAUUAUUUUAUUUUGUUUGUCUUUGCAGAAAAACAUGGUAUUCAUUGGCUUUGAAGAUAUUUUUUAUAUUUCUAAGAUAGCAGGAGGGGAAGUUUAGCAGGUAUGACACGUGCUACUGAUCAAUUGGACAGAAAGGCUGCAGCUGUCAGCACCAGGCUCUGAUGUAAAUCUUACAAAGACUAGACCAACAUGCUCUGUGCUCUUACUAAAACGAUUUCUGACUGAAUAUAUGGGUGCUUCACCAAUAGAAAUUGUGUGAUUAUCUAUUAUUUAAGGAAGGUACAACCAUGUAGUUAUUCAUUUCUCAUCUGGCUUCAUCACACUGUACUCAGCACUGUCUGAUCUACCUUAAUGUUAUCUCCAAAGCAGCUUGGGAAUGUGAAACAAGAAGUUGAUGCUACUGAUAUUAGUUGAAACACCAAAUUUACAUAUUAUAGGUGUUUUAUAGGUGGAUUUUAUUUUCUAUGUCUGGGGUUCCUAAAAGUGUAAAGAAAGUACUCUCAAGUCUUAAAGCAUGUGGAAUUUGACAUAAAAGGACAAUGAGUUGAACAUAGAAGGUUGAAUGCCCUGAGGAGCCCUGAGUUUGUCUUGGGUUUUUGAUUUUUUUUUUUUUUUUUUUUGUCCCUUUAAUUCCCCUCUGUGAUUUAAAGUGUUGUGCCCUGUGUUGUGGAAACACAAAAGAUCAUAGACCAACAAAUGGUAUAAUUCCUACAAAUAUCCCUUUGCAUUUUCUUUGUUUUUUGUAGGUCUGUAUUUGGUGGCGUUUACUCUUCAUGACAGAGGUUAAAACAACUUUGUGAUCCUUGUGACCACCUCCUGCAGCUUAUUAUGCUUAUUAUCACUUGAUUAUAAACAGGAAUAUAUCUCUGAAAUAGGCCAUACUGUUGUAUUUUGAAUUUGUAAACAGAAAGGAGAUAACAGCAGAGAAGCUGAUGUUAUUGGUUUAUCUUCUCUCUUUGGACAAAGGGACAAAAAUUGUCCCAAACAUGGCUGACGUGAUCACCUUGUAGGUGGUUAUUACCUGUUGAAUGUGCCUCUUCUGUAUUUAUGUACAUGUGUGUAAAAUUAACAGUUUAUGCUCCAUUUCUUUCUGCUUCAUCAUUUCAGCUGUCUCGCUUGUUGUUUUGACCCACCUCUGCCCUGUUUGUAUUUUGAGGAUGACAGACUGUUGUGCAGUCCCAUGACUCUGCACUGUCUCAAAAUGACGUGGAUGCCAAAUCCACGUUUUUGUAUGCUCCCAGUUUGCAUGUUCUUAAUCAUCAGAUUGUGUGUUUUCUGUUUUGAUUAUGGGUCCCAUCAUUAAAAAAACAUUG